AUGGCUUCCCCGGAAAUUCAGAAACAGCUCGCCGACAUCGAGAGCUCCUCGACCUCUCAGGGAGAUAAAGGAUCGGCCUUUACUUCACUUCUCAACUCCAUCAUCGCCUCCUCUGCACCGGAGCAACUAACCGCCAACCUCACAGUUUUCAUCGACACUAUUCUUUCCGACAAUGUAGGAAUCGUGACCUCGCGCCCCGUGCUUGCAGAGUACGUCAACGCAAUCUCGAAGCUCCCCUCCGCCGAGAUCAAGAAGGAAGUCUACGAAUACACCCUUGAAAAGAUCCGCCCCAAGAUCGUAUCAUUCGAAGAACAAGACUGCAACAUCCGGGAAGCCCUCGCAACCAUCUACGAAGCCGAGGAAGAGCAUGGCGAAGCAGCCAAGGUGCUCCAGGGAAUUCAGCUGAACCCCCACCAACGUCAGAUCACCGAUGAGUUUAGGCUGCAGAUUUACAUCCGGAUCAUGCGCAAUCUACUGGAGGAUGACGAGUCUAUCUCGGCGGACAUAUGGCUCAACCGUGCUACGCUGUUGAUCCACAAGUCGGAGGACCCCCAGCUCAAUCUCAUGUUCCAGAUGUGCCAGGCUCGUAUUCUUGAUGCGAAAAGGCAAUUCUUGAAUGCUUGUUCCAAAUACCACCAGCUGUCGUUCUCGCCAAUCGUGGCCGAAUCCGACAGGAUGCAAUGUCUUUCUGCCGCUAUGACUUGUGCUAUUCUUGCCCCAGCAGGUCCGUUACGUAGUCGUUCCCUCGCAACACUCUACAAAGAUGAGCGUUCUCCUCAGCUCCCACAGGACUAUGCACUCCUUGAGAAGAUGUAUAUGGACCGUCUUCUAUCCCAGAAAGAGGUUGAUGAGUUUGCAUCACGUCUAAAACCGCAUCAGGUCGCUACGCAAUCAGAUGGUACAACUGUAUUAUCAAAGGCCGUCAUUGAACACAAUUUGCUCGCCGCCUCUCGUCUCUAUAAUAAUAUUGGGGUUGGGGAGCUUGGUGUGUUAUUGGGUCUGUCGGGUGAGAAGGCGGAGGAGUACGCUGCCAGAAUGAUUGAGCAGAAGAGAAUGAGUGGGCAAAUUGAUCAAAUUGAUGGACUGAUCUACUUUGAUUCGAUCUCUGGCGCUGCAAAGGAAGGUGGUGCGGCCGUUGGAAGUGCAGAAAAACCAGUAGGCAGGCAGAUCAGGAGGUGGGACGAGAACGUUAGCGCGUUAGCACAGGAGGUAGAGAACAUCACUAGUAUGCUACAGAACGAAUACCCGGACUUUGUGGCUGCGCAUUUGGUCACUUGA